AACUUUUACCGAUCAUAAAUUUAGCCAACCCCCACUGUAGUUUUUACGCCUUCGAGAUCGCACCCAUAAAUGGAGUAUUCUUUCCAUUGUCGCCAUUAGCGUGUUAAGUAAAAUCGAGAACUAUUUGCAACAUGCUGAGAUUACAAACCCUGAGACUUGCAAGAAGGGUUCCAUUAACGUCUGUGCGUCUUUACUCUCUCAAAUCGGACUUCACAAUCACACCAGGACCUCCAAAGUUACCAAAGGAGGAGCAGGAAGAGUUCGAAAGGCUUCAAAAGAUUGCAGCUUCCCAAAUAGCCAUUGAGGAAUACAACAACUCUAUAUCACAGGAAGAUGACCCAACUGCUGCCCCGUACAUGGACAAAGCCGGUGUAGAUAUUGGUGGAUUCUCCCCAGAGUAUUUCAGAACCAUUCCAGAAUUUGAAGGUGAUGUUAACCCAAAGACUGGUGAAAUUGGUGGUCCAAAGCAGGAUCCUCUCAAACACGGUGAUUACUCCUUCAACGGACGUGUCACUGAUUUUUAAUGAAAACUACUUAUGAAAGGAUGGAUUUAUAUAAGCAUUAUAUAAUUAUACGAACGUCUGCUUAUUGCCAGCUUCCAGCUGUAAGAAGUUUUGCUUUAAUCUUCCAGACGUUUCAGUCAAAAGUUUUUUACUCUCCUUGAGAAUAUCGUUAAUGCUAUCCCAAUUUUGCUCUCCAAAUUCUUGAUCUUCUUCCUUGCGAAACUUUUUGGAGUCGAUCUCUUUUUUGAUAAAGGACAGUUGUUGUGCAAACAAAUUGCGUUGUUUAACAGACUUGUUGAAGGAUAACGUAGUUUUUUGAAUCUCCUUAAACCAUCCCUUCUCAGAGUUGCUCAGUGGUAAAUCGGUACUCUUGUCAAAUUUCUCCGCAA